AUGCUGAUGGCCGACCUUCCUAUGGAAGAGUAUGCAAUCCUGCGAGUAUAUUUUAUUGUUAACUACGUCUACGUAGGCGACACAGAGGAGAACGAUCCACGGGAUGGCAGGGCACAAAACUCACUUUCGAAACGACCCAAGCCUGAUAGGUUUGAUGGCAACCAAUUUGGAGAACGAUCUAUCAUGAAAUCAAUUAAAGAGAUUGUCUACAGCAUCGGUAUCGUAAAUGAUGCCAUCGAGUCAAAUGGUAUGUCCCAACACCGAAUAGACCCCACAGUUUUGUAG